AUGGCUCUGGCGACUGCACCUGCCGGACAGGUGGGGGGGAAGCGCGCUCACCACCAGCCCACCAGGACUCUCCAGCAGGAACCCCCCAGCCCGCGCCCGGAUUCCCCGACGCGGACUUUCCGAACCCAGGCCCCCACUGGGCUUCCUCCACCCUUCGAGCCCACGACUACUCGAUUCAUCGCACCCGAACCCCCGGUGCUGCCCAGAUCUCCCGCCCCUAAAACCCCCGACCCCGACCUCCCAGCGGGAGCCCUCGCGCCCACAUUCCCCGACCUAAGUGCCGCGCGCCCGCUUCGUCCCCCAGGGGUGCGCGCCGCCGGCUGUCCGAUCCACUCGGGACUUCAGAGGGGGGCAGAACGCGUGGACCUCUUCCCAGGCCGGUUCCUCUCCGCCGGCAGUGGGCUUAGCGAGGCGCGAAGUCCACCUCCCACACUCGGCCCUUGCCUUGGGCGCUACUCAGGACUCCCGGACCCCCUUUCCGGCGUGGGAGCCCCCUCCCACAACCACCGCCUGCCCCACAACAAAGGGGAUCCCGGGGGGCGGCCAGAGCCACCACGCUGCCGCGACGCGAGCGCGUGCACCUGCGAGGCCUCCGGGACCCCGAGCGGCCGUCGGAAGCCGCGUCCCCGCCCGGCUGCCCGGCUGCCCGCGCCGAGUCCCACACCGCGAGCCAAGUCCGGCCGCGCCGCCGCCGCCGCGGAACCUCCAGCCGCUCACCUCUGCCGCCCUCGGGCGGGCCCCGCCGGGCACCAGCUCGGAGCCCGCAGGCAGGGAAUCUCGGGCGGACCCGCCGCCCCAAUGCUGCUCGCGCCGCUCUGGCUGCUGCUGCUCGCGCCGCUGCCGCCGCUGUUGCCGCCGCCGCCGCCCGGGCUGCCGCCGCAUGUCAGCUCUGAGACCGGCGCCGCGCGAUCCCAGCAGCCGCGCCGCCGCCCCGCCCACCGCCGCUAG